AAGUGUCAAUCAAAGCGUUGGUUACGUCCCCUUUCUGGACAUGUAACCACAGAGGGAAAAGCUGCAACAGGGUAUAAACAUAGGGGCAAAUUGUUACAAAUCGUUUUUACUUUAUCGGUUAUUUAAUCUGAUUUUUUUUAAUCGUACAUUUUAAAGCAGACCCAUUUUCCCUGCUUUUUCGACAUAUUUUUUUCCCUGUUUGGUGCGGACGUGUGGGGAUGGAUGAGAUGCGGCCUAGCAGCGGAGCAGGAGCGCACCUCGGCCUCGCUUCGAUCUUUCCCCCGGGAUUGCAGGCCAUUUAUGGGCAAUGCAGGCGUCUGUAUCCCGAUCAGGCGAACCCGCUGCAAGUCACAGCCAUCGUGAAGUAUUGGUUGGGGGGUCCAGAUCCUCUGGACUACAUUAGUAUGUACAGAAACUUGGGAUGUCCUGGACAAGAUGUACCAGAACACUGGCACUAUGUCAGCCUGGGUCUAAGUGACUUGUAUGGGGACAACAGAGUUCAUGAAUUCACAGGUCAAGAGGGCCCAAGUGGUUUUGGUUUUGAACUCACAUUUCGCUUGAAGAGAGAAGCAGGAGAGACGGCACCCCCUACCUGGCCAGCUGAGCUCAUGCAAGGCUUGGCUCGAUACGUGUUUCAAUCAGAAAACACAUUCUGUAGCGGCGAUCACAUUUCGUGGCACAGUCCGUUGGACAACAGUGAGUCUAGAAUCCAGCAUAUGCUGCUCACAGAGGACCCUCAGAUGCAGCCGGUGCAGACCCCCUUUGGUCACGUCAGCUUCCUUCAGAUUGUGGGUGUUUGCACUGAGGAGCUGCAGGCAGCACAGCAGUGGAACGGUCAAGGCAUUCUGGACUUGCUGAGAGAAGUGCACAUAGCUGGGGGUCCAUGGUUAAUUACUGACAUGAGAAGAGGGGAAACUAUAUUUGAAAUUGAUCCACACUUGCAACAGGAACGAGUGGAUAAGGGCAUAGAGACGGACGGCUCUAACCUGAGUGGGGUCAGUGCCAAGUGCGCCUGGGAUGACUUGAGCCGACCUCCCGAGGAUGAGGACGACAGCAGGAGCAUUUGCAUUGGGUCACAGCCACGCAGGCUGUCCGACAAAGACACUGAACAGAUUAGAGAAGCCCUGAGGAAAGGACUGGAGAUUAACAGCAAGUCUGUCCUGCCUCCCAUCAGCAGUCAGAGGCACAGUCACGACCGGCCACAACAAUCAGUUGGACAUUUCCAGACCCAGCAGAUAUCAAGGAGCCGUAAGGACAGUCUAGAGAGCGAGAGUUCAGCUGCUAUUGUCCCUCAUGAGUUGGUGCGAACACGACAGCUGGAAAGCGUGCAUCUGAAGUUCAACCAGGAGUCUGGGACUCUUCUCCCGCUGUGCCUCAGAGGUCGUCUGCUUCAUGGCCGACAUUUCACAUAUAAAAGCAUUAAUGGAGACACGGCAAUCACCUUCGUAUCCACUGGGGUAGAAGGGGCCUUUGCCACUGAAGAGCAUCCAUAUGCUGCUCAUGGACCAUGGUUACAGAUACUCCUUACUGAGGAGUUUGUAGAGCAAAUGCUAGCUGACGUUCGGGAUUUGAGCACCCGUGAAGUGUGUAAGCUGCCGAAGGAGUACAGCUGGCCCAAUAAGAAGCUAAAGAUCUCUGUCCUGCCAGACACAGUGUUUGACAGCCCACUGCAAUAAGUUUGGGAGCACACUGUCCCUGAUUACAAACCCACAUCUACAGAAAGGAGUUCAACUCUUUUUGCCAGGCUAAUGUGCCUACAGAUGGUUGAAGGAAACAGACAUUCAGACACUUCCCCUUUUCCAAGAGAGUAUCAUAGAUGAUUGCAAAUGUCACAGAAUUUUUUUUACAUGUGUACAACAUUUUGUAUUUUCCGUUAUACCACUUGUCUUAGCAUAGGACUGUGCAAAAAAUCAAAUGCGAUUUUCAUGCACAUCUCCUCCGUAAAGGCGCUCCUGUAAUUAGUAGUGUAUCUCCAGCAUGUGCGUUUAGGUCAGGGUUGCCAGGUUUUCACAACAAAUCCUGCCAAGUUUCUUCUCAAAACUAGUCCAGUCUCAUUUCCAGGAGGUUCCCCGAUAAAGAUUGCAUCCCGGGGUUAAAAUACAAGUUUUUUGUCAGGGUUGCCUUGAUAAAAUUUGCAUUUUAGGGGCUAAAUAUCACGUUAUUGGGGUCGCUUUGAGCAGCAGACAUGGAAAAACUACCGCGGACUUGGCAACACUGGUUCAGGUGGAGCGGCAUUUAUUACACAGAGCCAUAGUUCAUGGACAAGCAAGAAUCGCCUUCGAUUUUGAAAUCGAUUUUGUGUAUAUUGUCAGUGAAUUACGGCUCGGUGUGUAGUAAAUGCCAACCAGUGUUGCCAAAUCUGCUGUUGUUUUUCAUGUCCGCGGGUCGAAGCAACCCCAAUCCCAAUAAUGUGAUAUUUAGCCCCUAAAAUGCAAAUUUUACCAAGGUAGCCCUGCCAAAAACGUGUAUUUUUAUCGCCCGGAAGGACACACGAUUGGACUAGUUUUGAGAAGCAAUUUGGCAAUUAGGUUUUGUUUUGAAAACCUGGCAAUCUUGAUCUGAA